AUGUCGAGCGACUUCCACCCCUCGCUCGAGCCCUUCCCUCUCUUCAUCGAUUCAGCACCUCCAAACUCAGCCAACUAUUUCUCCUCUCCCAUCGCAAUGGCUGCCGUCCAGCUUGUCGCCGCUGCCUCCACCUCUUCCUCUUCCUCCUUAUCGUACACUGAUAUCCUCAAACCUCGCAUCGUCAUCCCUGCCAGGCUAUUCAACUAUGUUCGGCUACGCUACUACCAAUAUGAGGUCACCUUUGGGGUCUAUAUGAUGACGCCCACUGAAAAGGUGGUGUUCAAUUCUGUAAUACUCUUCAUCUUGAUGGCCCUGCUGUAUGCCAUAUCUUGGGGUCUACGAGCCUUUCUCAUUAACAGCCUAUGCCGACUGAUCUACUACCUGGUGGGAUCGCACUCGAAUGUGCCCCAGCUCUGCACUCCUCCAUGA